AUGGAGCCCAGUGCCCUGCUUCUCCUUGCUCUCCUCCUGGGCUUUGUACUGCUCCUGGUCAGGGGUCACCCAAAAGCCCGUGGCCACCUCCCACCAGGACCACGUCCGCUGCUCCUCCUGGGAAACCUCCUGCAGAUGGACAGAGGAGGCCUCCUCAGCUCCUUCAUGCAGCUUCGAGAAAAAUAUGGAGAUGUGUUCACAGUGCACCUGGGACCGAGGCCGGUGGUCGUGCUGUGUGGGGCAGAGGCAAUAAGGGAGGCGCUGGUGGACCAAGCUGAGGCUUUCUCUGGCCGGGGGACAGUGGCUGUGGUUAGACCAGUCUUCAAGGACUAUGGUGUGUUCUUUGCCAAUGGGGAACGCUGGAAGACCCUUCGGCGAUUCUCUCUGGCCACCAUGAGAGACUUUGGGAUGGGGAAGCGGAGUGUGGAGGAGCGGAUUCAGAAGGAGGCCCAAUGUCUGGUUGAGGAGCUUAGGAAAUCCCAGGGAGCCCUUCUGGACCCCACCUUCCUCUUCCAGUGCAUCACAUCUAACAUCAUCUGCUCCAUUGUCUUUGGAGAGCGCUUUGACUACAAAGACCGCCAAUUCCUGCGCUUGCUGGACCUGAUCUAUAGGUCCUUCUCUCUCAUCAGCUCAUUCUCCAGCCAGGUUUUUGAGCUUUUCUCUGGUUUCCUGAAAUACUUUCCUGGUGUCCACAGACAAAUCUCCAGAAACCUGCAGGAAAUCCUCGACUACAUUGGCCAGAGUGUGGAGAAGCACAGGGCAACCUUGGACCCCAGCAAUCCAAGGGACUUCAUCGAUACCUACCUUCUACGCAUGGAGAAGGAGAAGUCCAACCAACACAUGGAGUUCCAUCACGAGAACCUCAUGACCUCCUUGCUGUCUCUCUUCUUUGCUGGCACUGAGACCAGCAGCACCACACUCCGAUAUGGCUUCCUGCUCAUGCUCAAAUACCCCCAUGUUGCAGAAAAAAUUAAGAAAACAGAGAUAUCAAUAUUAAUUCAACGAGAAAAAUUAUUCAAUAUAAGUUUAGAAAACACGGAAACUUUUUUUUUAGUGAUAGUACCCAAACCACUAAUUUUUAGAGAACAAGUAGACAACAGCCAGAGUGGCUGUGGAGAAAGCAUAACGCGUUACAGCUUGUGA